AUGUCGUUGAUUCAAGAAACACCUGAGCGCAUCUUUGAGAUGCUCAAGGAAAAGUUACCGCUUGAAUCAAGAUUAGUUGACAAGGCAGUAGCAGUUCCAGGUUCUGAAGAAAAGGGACACUCACCAGUUUACCGUAACGCAUACAGUCCUGACCAAUUAAUCACCAAAUUACAUCCUUCCUUGGACACAUUGUACACAUUGUUUGAGUUUGGUUACAAGUUUAGCGAAAACCAAAAGGCAUUUGGAGUUAGAGAAAAGUUGCCUGACGGGUCAUUUGGUAAAUAUCAAUGGCAAGACUACCGCACUAUAAAACAGAGAAGAAACAACUUGGGCUCAGGUAUAUUCUUUGUGUUGGAGAAUAAUCCAUUUCGGACCAAAAGUGACAUUCACCAAAACUUAAACUACGACCCAAAUAGAAAAGGAGAUUCAUUCAUAUUGACGAUCUUUAGUCACAACAGACCAGAGUGGGCGUUGGCAGAUUUGACCUCAAUUGCUUAUUCUAUUACGAAUACUGCAUUGUACGACACUUUAGGCCCAAACACUAGUAGAUAUAUUUUAGAGUUGACAGAGUCGCCUAUUGUUUUAUGCUCAAGGGAAAAUAUUACAAAAUUGAUUGAUUUGAAGAAACAGAGUGACAAGAUGGUGAACUUGAUUGUCAUUGUAUCUAUGGAUAAGUUGGAUGGCACUGACGAUGCUAGAUUGAAAAAUCUUGCUGCUGCCAACCAAAUUGCAUUGUUUGAUUUUGAGCAUGUUGAAAAACUUGGAGAAGCAAAUCCAUUGGCUCCAAUACCACCAACCCCAGAUACUAAGUUUACAAUUUCAUUCACUUCGGGAACCACUGGAGCUAACCCAAAGGGAGUUGUGUUGACUCAUGAAAACGCUGUUGCCGGGUUGGUUUUCAGGUAUGGUAGAGGGUUUGAUCCUGGAUCUGUUAGGUUGUAUUCGUUUUUGCCAAUGGCGCACAUAUACGAACGGUCCAAUAUUCAAUAUGCAUUAAGUGUUGGAGCAGAAAUUGGGUUCCCGCAGGGAAAAUCACCAUUGACAAUGCUUGAUGAUGUGAAAGAGUUGCAACCAACUGGACUUGCUACUGUGCCAAGGAUUUUAUCUAAACUUGAGGCUGGAAUCAAAGCAAACACUAUCAACAACAAUGAAAAGCCGUUGGUGAAAUAUCUUUAUACCAAAGCCAUCACCGAGAAGAUGAGACUUCAAGCGCAGGCAAAUGAAGACGAUACCAACUCUAGCCAUUUGUUUUAUGACGUGUUACUCAAUGCGUUGAGAAAGAAGAUGGGGUUGGGUAGUGUCAAAGUCAUGUCCACCGGUUCUUCGCCGGUCAGUCCUGAGACAAUCAAGUUUUUGAAAGCAGCAUUGAAUGUGGGUAUUAGCAAUGGUUAUGGAUCUACAGAGUCGUUUGCUGGAUUCAUUAGUAGUAAACAAUUUGACCAUAAUCCUGGAUCCAUUGGUGCCAUUGGAGUUACUGCUGAGUGCAGAUUAAAGGACAUUCCGGAAAUGAACUACACUUCGAAAGAUGCAGAAGGACCCCGGGGAGAGUUGUUAUUGAGAGGACCGCAAAUAUUUAAGGAAUAUUACAAGAACCCUGAAGCAACUGCAGAAGCAUUCGACAAAGAUGGGUGGUUUUGCACUGGAGAUGUUGCAAGAAUUGACACUGCAAAUAACAAUCAAGUUUACGUAUUUGAUCGGGUAAAGAAUUUCUUCAAGUUGGCACAGGGGGAGUUCGUUACUCCGGAAAAGAUUGAAAACACUUAUUUGGCAGCUAACCCACAUAUUCAACAGAUUUUUGUUCACGGAAACUCACUUGAAUCCUAUCUUGUUGGAAUUAUCGGGUUGGAUCCAACAACCGUUGGAGGAUACAUAAAGGCCAAAUUCAACGAUGAAAUCAAUGAUCCUAAUGACAUCCUUCGUUUCCUAAAUGAUCCCAGGAACAAGAAGGAAUUCCUUUUGGAUCUCAAUGCUGCCGUCAAGGAUCAAUUGCAAGGGUUUGAGAGAUUGCACAAUGUGGAGAUUUAUUUCAACCCCUUAACAAUUGAAAGAGAAGUUGUCACACCAACACAAAAGAUAAGAAGACCCAUUUGCACCAAAUACUUUCAAGACAAUUUGAAUAAAAUGUAUAGAGAAGGCUCACUUUUGAGAAGUGAAAAGUUAUAG